AGUACGCGCCCGACGCUGCAGAGAAGCGCGCGAUAAACUCGCCUGCGGGAGCAACAGAAAAUACCACACCGGUGCUGUUCUGAGGAAAAUAUGCGCUUUGAUGAAACCCUGUUGCUCCGACCGUUUUAAUUAAUGGCGCAGGGCUUGACGGAAGCUUGGGACACAGUGACUGCUGCACUGGUAUCUCCGUGCGCACCCCCUCCAGUUACCGAUGAUCCCGUUUCCGAGGCUCUGACCCUGCUGUGUAAGAAAGGACUGGGCCAAUAUGUGGAAGGUUGGCUCCUAGAGACGCUGCAGGCGUCUUUGGCGUCCGACGUGGCUCCAGAGUUCUGGGCCGGACUUCAGCAUCCGGAUGGGGAAUCACAAGAGAGAGACAGGGGCAGAGCCCUGUUAGAAGCCUUUAGGACCCUGCUGCAGCGGCUCCAACCUUUUCUCUGUGGUCUUGAGCGACUUGGUUCGUGGCAGGACGAGGGUCGAGCAGGUCUGAUCGGACCCGGAGCCCAUGGCCUGCGGGAGAGGGCGUUCUCUAUCAUUCGUGCCAUCCUUUUGUUUUCUCCACCGCCGGUGCUGCAGCAGCGCGUUCUGGAGUUCUACAGCCGCACCUUCUCUGUGUACAUGAGCCAGAUGGGAGAACAGAUCGAGCCUGACGAUGCAGUUGAGGAGCAUGAAAGGAGCGACGUGUGCACGGGAUGCGCCGCUGCACCGCAGGCGUGCUGGUGUCAAAACGCUCUGGAGCAGCUGCAAGAGUUUAGUCACAUACUCUCCAGGCUGCAGCUGUUAGAAAGAGUGAGCUCUGAAGCAGUGACCAACAUUCUGCACCGCCUGAUCGAGCAGAGGAUGGAGCAGCGCUGCAGAGGAGAAUAUGAACGAUCCUUUCUUACAGACUUCAACGAUUGGUUGGAGCAGGUCCUUGGUUGGCUCAGUAGGGUCUUUGCCAGCGAGGUAGGCGAAGCCACCACCAGCACUUUGCCAACAGACGGAAAGCUAGAUUACGUUGGUAGUACCAUCCUCCAGCGCUGGCGUUGUCAUAUGCAGCAAUUCUUCUGCCGCAUCUACGUCAACAUGAGGAUCGAGGAGCUUUUCAGCAUCAUUCGAGAUUUCCCAGAAUCCACUCCUGCUGUUGAAGACCUGAAGUUCUGUCUGGAGCGGACCAAUCAAAGACAGCAACUUCUUACCUCCCUCAAAUCCGCUUUCGAGACACGACUGUUGCACCCAGGAGUUCACACAUCUGACAUAAUAACUGUUUACAUCUCGGCUAUUAAAGCAUUACGGGAACUCGACCCCUCCAUGGUCAUCCUUCAGGUGGCCUGCCAACCCAUUCGCAAAUACCUAAGAACGCGCGAGGACACAGUGCGUCAGAUUGUCGCCAGUCUAACAGGCGACACCGAGGGCUGCAGUGAGUUAGCCAGUGAGCUCUCUCGGGCCGACCCUGUUACUCUGGAAACACAAGAUAGUGAAGAUGAGGGGAGUGAUCCAGAGGAGUGGACCCCAGACCCUACUGAUGCCCUAACAGAUAAGACAGGCUCUAAGCGGCGCUCAUCAGAUAUCAUCAGUCUUCUGGUGAGCAUCUUCGGCAGUAAGGACAUCUUCAUUGAUGAGUACAAGACCGUGCUGGCAGACCGGCUGCUGCACCAGCUCAACUACAACACAGCCAGGGAGAUUCGAAAUGUGGAAUUGCUGAAGCUGAGGUUUGGAGAGUCCCACAUGCACUACUGUGAGGUCAUGCUGAAGGAUGUGGCGGAUUCCCGGCGAAUAAACACCAACAUUCACGAAGAGGACGCUCGUCUGCCAAAGGAAGAGCAAUCUCCUGUCUCCCUGUCGGCCAUGAUCCUGUCCUCGGAGUUCUGGCCUCAGCUCAAAGAGGAGAAGCUGGAACUACCUGCUGCCAUUUCGAAAUCCAUGGAAACCUACACACACCGCUUUGAGAAGCUUAAGGCGAUGCGGACUCUGAGCUGGAAGCCUCAUCUCGGGUCAGUAACCCUGGACGUGGAGCUGGAGGACCGCACUCUUGCUAACCUCUCCGUGUCUCCCAUUCACGCUGCCAUCAUCCUGCACUUCCAGGACAAGGGCACAUGGGCGCUGGAGGAUCUGAGCGGAGUUCUUGGCGUGCCUCAAGAGCUCUUGCGCAGAAAGCUAGCACUGUGGCAGCAGCACGGCGUGAUCCAGGAGGAGUCACCGGGCCGGUACAGCAUCCUCGAGAAGGCGUGCAGUCGGGAACGGCCUGACCGAGGCGUCAUGCUCAUAGACAGCGACGAGGAGGGAGACUCCAACACCACUACGCAGUCGGAGCAGAGGGAGGAGAAGCUGCAGUUGUUCUGGGCCUACAUUCAGGCCAUGCUGACCAAUCUGGAGAGCAUGACCCUGGAAAGGAUUCACUCCAUGCUGCGUAUGUUUGUAGCUACAGGGCCCGGCGUCACCGAAAUGGACGUCAACGAGCUGCAGGCCUUCCUGCAGAAAAAAGUGCGAGAUCACCAGCUGAUCGUCUCAGCCGGAGUGUACAGACUGCCCAAAACUACUCAGUAGAGAUGCACAGACAAAGUUCAUCUGCUUAGAUUUUUUUUUUUCACAAAUAAUAAAAUGCUAAAUAGUUUAUCAUA